UCUCUGUAGGUGAUCAGUUCUUCAGGCAUCAGAAGCAGGCUUGACUUGACCUUGAAGGAUAUUGGGACCAUGGUUGUGGUGGCUGACUUCUCCCUGUCCUGCAGUUUCCCUACAAAGAUGAUUGAUUGCUUCACCAAUGGAACUAUGGCAGCUCUUGCUGUGAAAGUGGAAUCUGUCCCCAGCUUGUCUCCAAGUCAACUAACUCUGAGGGAUCCAAGUUGCCGGCCUCUUCAGUCUGAUGCUAUCAAUGCGGUUUUCUACUUCAAUGUCAACUCCUGUGGCACAACUAGAAGGUUUGACAACAACCUCCUGACUUAUGAGAAUGAAGUGCUGUUCACAUCUUACCGGUUGAGAGUUGCCUGUCACUAUCUGGUCAAUGACAGCAAGGUAGUACAGUUCUUGUACCAGAAUAAUCCUGCACCUGUAGUCCAGCCUGGCUUGGGUGACCUUGCGGUCAUCAUGCAGCUUGCAUUGGAUUCAACCUACAACGACUUCUAUGGAGCUCAGGAUUACCCUGUUGUGAAGUACUUGCGAACACCCUUGUAUUUUGAGGUAGAGCUCCUGUACAGCAGGGAUUCACAGGUUGAAUUGUUUUUGGAGAACUGCUGGGCAACCUAUUCUGCUGACAGGAAUAGCUCUCCAAAGUGGGAUGCUUGGUUUGGAUUGCUUUGCAAGCAGCAAAUGGUCACUGUGCUCACAUCUUUAAUUUACUUCCACUGCAGUGUUGUGAUAUGUGAUUCAAACCGGCCAUCAGACAGCCUCUGUAGCAGACGGUGCAUUCCAGGGAAACAGAGGCUUGGUCGCAGUGCUGAAGGGAUGGAUGGUGGUGCAGUAAAGGCAUUGGUGUCUUCUGGCCCAAUUGAGCUGAAGAGAGAUGGAUCCCUUCACUUUAUGCCUAGAAGCGGCCAAUUCAAUGUGUGGUCCCUUCUGGGAGCUGCAAUGGGUGUGUGUCCAGUGGUUGUCUUUGUAGCUGGAGUUGUAUAUUUUUGGAAAAUGCCCAAACGUGUGUAUUGAUAAAUAAAAAUCUUGCUUUUAAAGA